GUCUGCAUGGAAACUAUUCAGGAGUACAGAUUAGAACAAAACCUUGAGCACCAUUGUUUCGUACACCAUAUUCUUUGUCUAUGUAUAUCGCUAAUCGUAAGGUUUGAUUAGUUAAAGUGAGUAACGGGGCUAACAAGCCAUGGUAUUCGUGACGGGUUUGCUGACUGCGGGAUUAAUGUUACCGUUAUGUCGGCUCACUUAAGAACUGGGCAAAUAUUACACGCUAAAGACAACAUUUUAUAUGAAAAAAGGGAGAGUUUUCUCUAUUACAAUCAAACCCGCUGUCUGUAGUUGUUUCUGUCGCCAAGAAACAAGAAAAGAAAACACUGCGUAGAGUAACUAAGCGGUUACCAAUGGAAACAGGAGAUGCCUAAACAGAUUUAGUUAGCUUUAGCUUGUUAGCUUCCUUCAAAUCUCUUCCCUACCAGCCAAGAUUAAAUAUGCCUACAAAACCGACGAGUAAAGCCUCCCAGAGCCUGUCUGGAGAUGACGACAUACUUGACAGCUUAUUUGGUGAUACAAAGCAACCGGUGCGAUCAAAAGGGGCUCGUGUGGGACGGCUAAAUGCCUCAUCUCCCACUAAUAACAUGUUCAGUAGUGUGGCGGAGGAAGUUAGGAGGGACGAUUUGGACUUUGAGGUCUUGGAUGUCUAUGAGGCUGAUCCCAGCGACGUGCUGAAGAACCUGAAAGGUAUGGAUGAUAUGGAGGCUGACUCAUUUCCAUCAAAGAAAAAGCUUCCCAUACAAACAAAGUCAGUUGGUAAUGAAGAGCCAAUCAAAGACUCUGCUGUGUUGGAAAGUAAUCCAAAUCUUGAGGGAGCAGAUCCAGACGACCUCCUGGGUGAUUUGCUUGAUGACCUGCUUCCAGAUGAAACCAGGCCCAAACCUAAACCCCAGCAGAGCAAGUCUGACAAAUCUGUGCCGUCUGCAUCAGCAUCUUCUGUCCUCAAGAGCCAAAUGACAAAGACGUCUAAAAGGGAUGACAAGGAUGACCUGCUUGACGCGCUUGGAUUUAAGAGACCCAAAAAUGAUGCCAAGAAAAAAGAGGCUCCACUUUGGUCUUCCAAGGAGAGCGAUGCCCCUCAGAGACCACGUACCAGAAUCCAAGAUAUUCUGGAGACCUCAGCCCAAGCCCUGGAGCGACCACCCACAGGUGAGAGGAGGGACGAAAAGCUACCGCAGGAAAAAAACUCUAGUCUGAAAGAUCCAUUUGUGGAAGAUGACGUCACAUUUGGGUCCUACCAGCCCACAAUGUUGUCCACCCCCGAGGGGCGCCAGUCCCGCAGACAGUCUGUCAGAUUUUCUACAGAGGAUGUCAGAGACUCGACCCCAGAGAAGAAACCACAUCCCAGCACCACGACAACCAGCCGGUACCGAGGCUCAGCAGAAUGGAUUGGUUUGACAACAAAUGACGAGUUUGACUAUUUAGAAGAAGGUUCCAAAGCAAUGAAAAGUUCAGCGGCAUCUCCAAAAGCCCCCUCCUCUCCUGUUCUCGUGAGAAAGUCUUUGUUAACCGAAAGUCAAGCCACAUCUAUUGCAAAAAUGACAGGAGAUGCUCCGAACUCCAAUCAGAGCAGAUCUGAGGUUUCUAAAGACAAGAGGAAAGAUGAGGAGGAGCAGCAUGACUGGUUGGAUGGGGCGCUGAGCAGGAAGAAGGCUCUGUCGGAGGCAAAAGCUUCCAAGCAGAAGGACUCUCUACAGAUAGAGUCGGUUGUCAGUAACCAAGACAAGACACAAACUUUCAGAGACAGAGAGGAAACUUUCCCAUCUGUCGGAGACACUAGCCCUGCUGCUCAUUCCACCCCAAUCAGAGAGGGGAAGCCAAAUGCAGGUCCUCAGCAAAACCAAGCGAAGGCCAGAUCAGCUAGCACCAAACAACAGGUGUCCUAUACAGCAGACAUUCUGCAGCAGUUGCUACUACAACAGCAGAUAAUGCAGACUCAGCUGCUGGGUCUGGGGAGUUCUGUCGACGUAGGAGACCUGCAGAAACUUAAAGACAAGGAGCAACAGCAUGGAGAAUGUCAGGCUUUACAAGCUCGCAUCAUCCAGUUGGAGGGAGAGGUGAAAAUACUGCAGCUGGAGCAGGACCAAAGCCAGAUGGUGUUGGAGAACAUCCAGCAGAGGCAUAAGCAGGAUAUGCAGAUCCUGGAGAACACACACAAGACUCGUGUGAAGCUGCUAGAGGAGUCAGCAGCCCAGAGGGAGACCCGAGCUCGACUUGAGUGCGAGGAACUAAUGGAACGCUUGGCCACGUUAAGAAGGUCAGCGGAGCAGGAACGCUCAGAGCUGCAGGCUCAGUACCAUCAAAAGCUGGCCCAAUCCCAGCAGGACAGAGACCGUGAGGUGGAGAGGCUCCGAGACCUCCAGAGAAAAUCUAUCUUGGAGAUGAAAAAAGACCAUGAGGAUCAGCUUCAGAGGCUGAAGAGAUUAAAGGAUGAAGAGAUUGAUGCUGUUACAAGUGCAACAUCUCAAACCAGAUCUCUCACAGGGGUGAUUGGGCAGAUGGAGCAGUUCUCUUCCCGACUUGGAGAGCUCUCUUCUCGAGUGGAGAGCACACACGAGUACACCGCCCACGGGUUGGAGCAAGGGGCACGGCACCGGGACGAGCAGCUUCGAAUGAUGCAAGACCGUCUGGCCCAGCAGCAGAAAGCCAUGGCAGAGGAGAGAGCUUGCCUCAAGGAAAUCAUUUCCAGGAUGGACACUCAAAUCAGUGAGCAGCAAAGGCAGCUGGAGAAGGAACGCUGGAAGGUAACGGCGGAGCAGGCCAAAGCCGAGUCCACCCAGAGAGGCCUGGAGGAAGAGCGACGCGUCUUCACCAUGCAGAUCAGUAUGGAGAGGGAGGAGCUGGAUAGAGCUAAGAGUUCAUUGCUGGAGGAGCAGAAAUCGGUGAUGCAGCAGUGUACAGAGGAGAGGAGGAAGCUGGCAGCAGAGUGGGCUCACUUCCGUGCCCAAGAGAAACAGAGGCAAGACAGAGCCGAACGGGAGGUCAACAGUCUCUUAGAGAGGAGAGAAGGAUCCAUCAUCAGUCUGGCACAAGAACAAGCUGACCUCAAGCUUCAAAUGGCUGAACUAAAACAGAAGGAGCUGGUUGUGACACAGGAGAAAGAGACUCUGGCGAGACUCAGGGAAGAACUGGACAGAGAGAGGGAAACAACAAAUAGUAUGGCUCUGAGACUCAAAACACGGUCCCAAGAGGUCGAGGCCUUCAGCAAGCUUGCAGCAGAGAAGUAUGAGGAGGGUGAACAAGCAUUCCAGGAGGCGAAACGUGUGGAGUCGGAGCACGAGGCUCGACUAAGAAAUAUUCAGUCACGAACUGAGAACCUGAGGCAGCUGGAGCAAAGGAUCCUGAAGGAGCGCAUGCAACUAAAUCAUCUGCAGGAGGAUGUAGAAAGGCCAAGAGAACAUUCCACCAUCUCACCUUUACCUCAAAUUGUUCCACCUGUUUUACCAGACUCUGUUUCAGUGUUACCUUUCCCUGAGCUGACAACAUCUCUCAGGAGUAAACCUUCAAAUUAUUUUCCCAACUAUCAGUCUAUGAUGCUUCAGGCGAGUCUGGCUCUGUGGAGGUACACGGCAGAAAAGGAUCGUGAAAAUCUCCUCGAGGAGAAGAUAUAUCUAGAAAAUUUAAAGAAGAAAUCCUACAAGUUCAACCCAGUCUGAGUAAAAGCAGCUGGACCGUC